AUGGAAGAGAUUAUAUCUGCACUUAUAAGAGAAGGACGAUACCAGGGGAUAGGGCAGUGUAUUACCCGUGAGUAUAGAAUGGUGUGUCAUGCGGUGAAAGGAGACAUAAGCAAAGAUUUUGUGGAGGGUUCCAGAGCCGUAAUCAUAGACAAAGAUAGGAACCCAAAGUGGGUGCCACGGCGGCUGGAGGAAAUGAAGGAUACCAUGGUAGACAAGUACUUCAAGAGAAUGGUUGAAGAGGAUGGAUGGGAGGAUCUAAAGCUUCCACCAAGAAAAAACUUGCCUGCUUCAAUAAUCGCAAAGCUGUGAACUGGAGAAGGUUGUGAAGCUGAUGUGUGAUCGUUCGUUGGUUGGAGCUCAAAGUUCAUUGGUUGUCACGCAACCAUUUCCAUAUUUUUAGGGACUUGUCUCUCCAUUCUCUC